AUGGUGUUCUUUUGGUAAGAUUUUUAUAUGGCAAAACAAAAACAAAUUCCUCCACAGUUGUUGACGGGGGUGGGGGCAGAGGUUAUAGAAAUUUUUAAGGGAGGUGGCAAAAAUCAGCAAAAGGUUCGUGGUAAUAGGGCUCAGCCUUGCCAGUAGGCCUUUUCCCUGUUUUCAAAGCUGUGCUACUACAGGGAUGGGGCAAAGCCCAUCUCAGCAGAUGGUGGCGGCCACCAUUUUCUUCCCCAGGACAUUGGAGUAAAAUUGUGAUUAUUUAGCAUGUACUCUUCACAUGGUCAGAUGUAUUCUGUGUGGGGUUUUUUUAAAAAAAGUUAAUUGUGCGUUUGAUAGGUGAAAGCCUUAUAACAUGGGGCAAGGUAAAAAUUAGGUAUGGAAUAACAUAAUUUCUGGUUUAUUGGCACCAUUGGUGGCUUCCAUCUGCGAAUAAAUAGCAGCUUGCGGGGCGGGGGGGAAGGAAGUUGUCUUACGCCGAGUCAGAACUUUGGACCAUCUAGUUUAGCAUUGUUGACACUGACUGGCCAUUUCAGGCAAGAGUCUUUCCAGGGCUGGGGACUGAACCUGGGACCUUCUGAAUCCAAAACAGGUGCUCUAUCUCCUUUCUAAAGGAGGAAGGGGGCUAAUUUGUGUUGGGGAAGGGGAGAAGAAUUAAACUAUCUCCAUCCACUAAAUGUAUGGUUCUUUCCUCUUCCCAGGCUCCUUUCUGGCAUAAGAGGAGGUGUUCAAAGGUAAGACUACAUUGAAGCUGAAUGUGGCAGGAAUGUAAGUUACUCCAGUAACUUUGAUCUGUGGGAAGCUUUUAAAUGGGCUCUCUGCAUCUCUGUGUGAGAAAGUGAAUGAGUGAGUGAUAGAGAUUCUCCUCAGGGCCAACAAGAGCUGUAGUGGUAAGAAAUUGGGGUGGGGGGCUUAGGAACUGUUGCUGUUUCUGCAGCAGGGUCCUUGUCUUGGAGCCAUCCAAUCAGCAUGAAAGGGGAGCUUUUUAGCCACUGAGAAGGAUACUUCACAUUCUUUGUUCUAAUUGGAGCCAAUCAGAGAGAAAGGAGGUAAAUCAGCCGAUGAGGAUUGGCUGUUAGGGUCACUCUGGAAAGGCACACAGGAAGAACACCAAGGCAUAGCUAUUCUGUAUGCUCCAAAACUACGCAUUUGGGAAGACUGAAAACACAAAGUGCUUCCGUUUCAAGAAAAUGGUGUGCAAGUUCUGUUACAGGCAAUGGAACUUCAAGGAAAAUACAGCUCAAGUCACUCUUAGAGGGAUGUUUCCUGCUAUAUAAAUGAGAGGGUUGCCAAAAUCAGUGCAGAUGAGGAGAAAUUUUCUGCUGCCUUCUAAAUUUUAAAAUUGCUGCAGAAAUGUAGAGAGUUGAAUUCAGGAUUGGAAGAAAUGAGAAACUUAGAGAAUCAUAAUUGAAAGAUAUUUCCAUCCCUACCCACAAUGCACCUGAUGUAGGAUCACUGAGGAUCAUUGUGGAUAAUUAAAAUGGUGGCUAUACUCAGCUCCUCCAUUGCUCAGUGUCCUUUGCCUGCCGCUCUCUGGUAAGCCCGAGGGGGUCCCAUGACAGAGAAGGAUGCCUCUGAGUCACUUUGCCUGGGGCCACCACAAACUUGAAGGCAACCAUAUAGGCCUCCCUUCUACUUCUAUUAUUAUUAUUAUUAUUAUUAUUAUUAUCUUUUUCUUUCCUUGUUAACCCAGUGAGAUCCUUUGCGCUCCCAAUAUCACAGUGGAACCUAGCCUGGGAAUCUUAGAGAGAGGAAAUGCCACCAUCAAAUGCUGGAGUCCUUUGAACUUAUUCAUGAAUUUUUCUCUGGAGAGGCACAACCACAACAUAAGCCACAACAUAACCAUUGUCACCCAAAUAGCCAGAGGAAUGGCUGCAUUUUACAUCACUAAUGUAAGCCGCGAGCAUGGAGGGUUAUACAGCUGUUACUAUUACAGCAACCUAUUUCGGUCAAAUCACAGUGAACAAGUCAAGCUAAUGAUAAUAGGUAAGACAUCCACAGCAAAAUCUUGCUCAGCAUCCCAGCGAGGCCAGGUAAGGGAAAAGUCACAUAGUUCAUUGGUCCAGGCUAGAUGUUUUAGUCUGCUAACAUGCUUAGAAUGCUCCUUCAAAGAUUGACACUGAAUGCUUUAAGUCCACUUUAACCCCCCCCCCUUGCCCAAAAUGCCUGAAUGAAGACUUGGAACUUGCAAUAUUUAGGCUGCAAUCCUAAUGCUGCUAACCUCAGAGUAAGCCCAUUUGAAUUAAACAGAAGUUACUUCUUAGGAUUGUGAAGUUAGCCAUAGGAGGUGUUCCUGAUUUUAAUCCUAAAGAACACCCAAGAAAUGUCCUUUAACUGGGAACAGUGUCCACAAUGCUAAGGUAUCCGGCACUGGCUUCCUUUUUAUUUUAUUUUAAUUUUUUUAUUUUAUUUUAUUUAUUAGAUUAGAUUAGAUUAGAUUAAUUACUCACCCUUCACCAGUAGGUCCCAGGCAGGUUACAAUAAUUAAAAUUCAGAAUUAAAAAAAGGUAAAACAGAUACCUUCAUAAGAGUAGGUAUCCUAUACCCUUUUAAAAUGUGGCUCUUUAUUGGGGGGGGGGGGAGGCAUGUUAUUGUUCUUAUUUUGAUUUUAUAUAUUGUGAUCUUUUCUGUGAACCGCCCUGAGGCCUCCGGGUAUAGAGUGGUAUAUACAUUCAAUAAAUGAAUAAUAAUAAUAAUAAAUAGGGUGAAAACUGUAUCAUGAAGAAGCCAGGUGCACCUCUGUGGGAAGGGAAUGGCACAACAAAUAGGCUGCCACAGAGAAUACCCUUUCCCGAGCCACGGCCACCCUGAACUUCUAAGGGAGGUAGAACUGCCAAGGGGCCUCCUCUUCUGAUCUUAACACCUGAGCUAGUCAGUAGGGAAGAAGGUGGUCUGUUUGGUGCCUAAGUUAUUUAGGGCUUGCUCAGGGCUUUGAACACAAAUGUGAGCACCUUGAAUUUAGGUCUGGCAAUGAACCAGCAGAAAAUGCAGCUGUUUUAGAACAUAGGAUAUACGAUAUAUAUAUAAUCUGGUCACUGCAUUUUGGACCAACUAAAGUUUCUGAGUAAUCUCCAAAGGCAUAGAAUGCAUUGCAAUAAUUCAACUUCUGGCACUUACUGUAGACUCUUUAUUUAAUUCCAGCAUGCAUUUUCGUUGAAUUCUGAUUUUAUAGUUAUCAACACCUUUUUUUAAAAAAAAAAAUCAUUGAAUUGAGCUUCUUGUAUGCUGCUUAGAGACUAUUCUAAUUAAGCAGUAUAUCAUACCUCUCAACCGUCCCGAUUUGAGCAAGACAUGCCGGAAUUACAGAAGCCAUUCUGGCUUCUGAUUGGAUCCAAGAAUGUCCCAUUGUUUUGGUCCAGUGCUCUGGCGUGAAUCAGCUGCUUUGUGCCAGAGUACCAGACCAAGAGAGCCUUGUACUUUGGUCUCACACUCUUGCAUGAGUCGGCUGGCUGGGAAACCCAGCCAGAUGGGCAGGGUAUAAAUUAUUAUUAUUAUUAUUAUUAUUAUUAUUAUUAGCUCCCGUGAGAGCUUGGGAGCCAAAGUGGUUUUGGAUUCUGGGCAUGUGGGGGGUGGGACCAGGUAAGUACAAAAGCUAUUCAGGAGGUGUGUUUCAAGUCAGUGUGUCCGCACUGUCUUUUGCAAAGACUGAAUUCCUCAAGAAUCUUUGUCUUUGCACAGAUCCAACGUUAGGAAAGCCUAAUAUCUCCUUCAGUUCCACGGAUCAGAUCACACUGGGAAGUAAUUUCACCAUCUGUUGCCAAAGCCCACAUGAGGAUGUGGAGUUCUAUUUCCAAAAUGCUGAUACCCAGGUGACGCAUCAGACUAUGGCAAACUAUUUCAUUGUCAGCAAGGCAGAGCCGAGGCAUGGAGGGAACUACCAGUGCAGUUACCACCGUCCUUUAGAACCCUUUAUCAGCUCAGAGCCCAGCAGCUCUCUGUUGUUGCUGCUUACAGGUAAGUAGACGAGCAUCUUUGCAUCAAGCAUCGUUCUUACAAACACUGUAAUAGUUCAGAUCUGGUAAAGUACAAUAACACCCUUGUAAAGUAUACAGUUUUGGGGUUUUUUCCUCCUCCCCCCUUUAUUUUUCUCUUCUACACAGGUUCUCUUUCUCUUUCUUUUAUUUACAUCUCACAAUGUCUAGUGCACAUAAAAUUAUGUACUUUUUGAACUUUCAAUAAAGAUGUUUUUUUAAAAAAGAAGAAAGCAUCUUUGCAUGCACGUCCCUAACCUCAUCUCUCAGUCUGGAUUUUUUGUUUUAGCUUAAUUCUAGCUACAGCAUAGCAUAUUCCAAAUGUCUAGUAGCAAAAUAUCAGGAGGCUGUAUAUACAAUGAGAGAUCUCUCUGGGGGGUCAAUGGAGGUUUUUAAUGUUUGAUGUUUUAUUGUGCUUUUAAAUCUGUUGGGAGCCGUCCAGAGUGGCUGGGGAAACCCAGCCAGGUGGGCGGUGUCUAAAUAAAUAAAUAAAUAUUAUUAUUAUUAUUAGUGAAGGCAGCAAAGAAAUACAUUUAGCCAUAAGCUGAGAGAUGAGAGUUUCAUAUACAGUACCAGCAACAUGUUCAUUUGGGAGGCCCGAGGCCGGAGUAUGCUAAGGGUUCAGGGGAAGGCAGUUGAGGAACUGCAGCAAGUCUCAGAAGAUGCUACAAGACCCAGAGCUCCCUCUGAAGAGGAAAUGGUUGCUAAACCACUCCGUUGAAGCUGAGGUUUAAAGGCAAUCUUGUGGAAGGACGAAAGGAUGUAAUCAGCUCCACUUACAGGCAGCAGAUGGGAUAUAUGAUCUGUGAGUUUAUGGCAAAAGGCUGAAGCUCACUGAGAAAGCAGAAGGUCUCAGUUUGAAUCACUGGCACCUUCAGGUAGGGCUGGGAGAGAAACCUUGGAGAACCAGGACCGGCCAGUGUAGACAAUGGUCUGACUUUGUGUAAGGCAGUUUCCUAUGUCCCUGUGUCCACACACAUUGCUGUUGAAUGCUAAGGUGGAGACACCUGCCUCUUUCCACUCUUUACAAGCAUGCCAUGGCGGGCCACCUCACAUCUCUUUUUCUUCUGCAUGCAGAUCUCAGCUUAAGCAGACCCAACAUCUUCCGAAGACCCAGUGAUUCAAUUGCCCUGGGGGGACGUGUGAAGAUACAGUGUCAACCUAAAGAUGGAGCCACCUCAUUUUAUUUUUAUAAGGCUGGAGGCUCAAAAGUGGAGGGACCCAUGCCUUUUCCCUCAGGUGAACUUUCCAUUAGUAAUGUCAGCCUGGAACACAAAGGGAAUUUUAGCUGCAUCUAUGGACGGAAACCUUUCCUCAUCUCAAAACUGAGUACAUCCCUGGAGCUUCUCAUAUCAGGUAUAGUAUCUUAUUUGGUGUGUCCUGAACUUAUCACAUCAAAUUUAAAUACAGUGGUACCUCGGGUUACAGAUGCUUCAGGUUACAGACUCCACUAGCCCAGAAAUAGUACCUCAGCUUAAGAACUUUGCUUCAGGAUGAGAACAGAAAUCACGUGGUGGCAGCAGGGGGUCCCAUUAGCUAAAGUGGUACCUCAGAUUAAGAACAGUUUCAGGUUAAGAACGGACCUCCAGAACGAAUUGUUCUUAACCUGAGGUACCACUGUAAUUCAUUGCUUUUAGCCUCUUUCCAUAUGAGCCUACCUGGACCCUGAGAUCAUCUUCUGAGGCCUUUCUUCAUGUGCCUCCGCCUUGAGAGGUCCAAAUGGUGGCAACACGAGAAAGAGUCUUUUCUGUAGUAGCUUUCUGUCUGUGGAAUGCUCUCCCCAGGGAAGUUUGCCUGGCGUCUUCACUAUACACCUUUGGCGCCAGGCAAAAACUUUCCUUUUUAACCAGGCCUUUGGUUUAUAUCUUUGACAUCCUAUACCCUUUUAAAAUGUGGGGGUUAGGGGGAAGGGGGCAUUGGGUUGAUGUCUUUAUUUUGAUGAUCUAUUAUGUGGUUUUAUAUUCUGGUUUUGUUUUGUGAUCCGCCCUGAGACCUCCAGGUAUAGGGUGGUAUAUAAAUUCAAUUAAUAUUAAUACUAAUACUAAUAUUAGUAUUUCCUGCUUGGCAGGGGGUUGGACUCGAUGGCCCUUGUGGUCUCUUCCAACUCUAUGAUUCUAUGAUUCUAAUACUAAUACUAAUACUAAUAUAAGACCUGAAAGUCUCACAGGGUAAUGUCCAACUAAGCUUGAGUAUCAAUGGCCUUUGUUUAUUUUUAUGUUAAUAUUUUAUUAUAAACAUACAAACAAACAUAGUAUUUUUACAAUCAAACAUUCACUCAUUUACCAUUUAUUUCUAAAGCAUCCUACAUUAAAAUGCUGUCUUUCAUGUUCUAUAGUACACAUAUAAUAUUGUAGGAUUUUCUAAAAUUUUAAGCAUUUACAUUUUGCGCGUGUGUGUGUGAAUUUUACCUUUGUUUGCUUGCUCUUUCGGAUACAUAGACAAAAAUACUGUGAUAGAUUUUUGUGUGUGUUUUAUUUUGAUUAUUUGAGAUGUUAAGAGAGAAAUACAACCUGCAGACGAAUUCCUGGGCUAGUGGAUGCAAAAUGACCUGGCCAAGCUAGGGCCAUUAAGAAACAAUACAGAGCCAUUGAGAUCCAUGAACAAUGCAAGAGAACUGUCCUCCCCCUUUCCCUGAGGUGUGAACAGAGGCUGGGUUUGGAAUGUUUGCCAGGGUAACUGGUUGAGGUGACAGGAAAAGAAAGGUUUUUUUGAGCAAGGGUUGCUGGGGAAAAUAAGAAGGAAGAAAGUCUGGGGCCCAUCUUGGGAAGACUGGCAGGGAGAGAUGCCCGGACUGCAGGACUGCGCUGCUAUGGGAGAUCAGCCCCUCUUGAAAUGACCAGGCUGUAAGAUCUGGACUCCCUACAUGCAGACUGAAGGUGUAAAUAGGUGAAUAAACCAUAUUUCUUAAAGCUAUGACAGUCUCCAAAGGACCACAGACCCAGGGUGAGUGCCCCAAAUGCCAUGGGCUCUUGCAGAGAGAGGGGGAGGCACCCAACCUUUGUAACCAUGCAGUCACAAAAUAAUAAAUAAUCCACAAACCAAGAAAACAAUAAUUUCAUAAAACAGAAACAGCUACUAGCACCAUUUACACAGAGGGCAGCUAUAAACCUUAGCGUUCUCAAUUUUAAAAACAGUUAAAAUAGGCAUUUUAAAACGUAUUUAUUUAACCCAGAGGCCCAUGUGUCCUCUGUAAUUUUAGGGUAUGCCUAAAUAAAUAAAUAUUAUUUAUACUCAGCCCACCUGGCUGGGUUUCCCCAGCCACUCUGGGCAGCUCCCAACAGAAUAUUAAAAGCACAAUAAAGCGUCAAACACUAAAAACUUUCCUAAACAGGGCUGCCUUCAGAUGUCUUCUAAAAGUCAGAUAGUUGUUUAUUUCCUUGACAUCUGAUGGGAGGGCGUUCCACAGGGCAGGCGCCACUACUGAGAAGGCCCUCUGCCUGGUUCAUCUGGUUCACCAGCUAUAGCCAUUCCUGAACAGAGACAGCCUGAUCACUGUGGCCCAUUCAUUCAUAACCUCAAGGCUGGAUUACUGCCACAUACUGUACUCUAGGAGUGGCUGUCCUUGGUGCUGAUGGGAAGCUCCAGCUGAUGAGCAGUGCAAUGGCUGGGCUGCUUAUGGGGGCACAUAGCUGCCAACAUAUAACACCACUGUAAAAAAAAGCUGCACUGUCUCCCCAUCUACUACUGAGCCGGGUUCAAGGUCCUUGUGUUCAUCUACAAGGUCCUGGGUAUCUUAAGGACCACCUGAACCUUUAUAUCCAGCUUCACCACGGAGGUCAUCUGCAUGGGCAUCACUGGUCGUCCCCAAAAUUGGCAAGGCUCGCCUGACAGCAAUAUGAAGCUGAGCUUUUAGUGCCAUCAGCCCGGUCCUGUGAAAUGCUAAUAGAGAUUCAGUGGGUGCCGGCCAAAAAUUAUGCAGGCAGGUAACAACAUGUAUUUCUGUAACAGCUAAUAUAUGAUCUCUGGUUUAAAAUUUUACCCGGUUCUUAUUCCAUAUAGGUAUUAUUGUUGUGAGCUGCUUUGAGUUCUUUUAUGCCAAUAUUUAAAAAUAAACAAUUUUUUUAAAAAUACAUUGUUUUUUAAAUAAAUAGGCCCUAAUGAAUUUUCUUUUGACUAAGCUGAGUUGUUGGGUGGAUAUCUAUGAUCAGAAUAGGAAGUGGUUGUCACCUGCCCCUUAUUCAUUGAUAUGGCAGAGAAAAGUUCAGUACAGUGGUACCUCGGGUUAAGUACUUAAUUUGUUCCGGAGGUCUGUUCUUAACCUGAAACUGUUCUUAACCCGAAGAACCACUUUAGCUAAUGGGGCCUCCUCCUGCCGCUGCGCUGCCACUGCACGGUUUCUGUUCUCAUCCUGAAGCAAAGUUCUUAACCCGAGGUACUAUUUCUGGGUUAGCGGAGUCUGUAACCUGAAGUGUAUGUAACCCGAGGUACCACUGUAUGUAUCUUAACAGGACUUGGCAACUGGGGAGGGAUUUCCCUCCCCUUAUAUUUUCUUUUGCACAGAUCCCAAAUUAUCCAGACCCAGGAUCUUCCUGACACCCGCUGAGCCUGUUUACCCAGGAACAAAAGUCACUAUCCAUUGCCAAAGCCAAGACAUUGCAGCAGCAUUCUAUUUUAAAAAGGAUACAGACCAAAUGGUCCCUACGGCCAUCAGUAACAACGGGGCCAUGGCAAAUUUCCACAUCAGUAAUAUAAAGCCGGCACAUGCUGGGAACUAUAUCUGCACUUAUCGUCCCAAGCUAGAACUUUUUGUCACCUCACCAUCCAGUGAUCCUGUGGAGCUGCUUUUCAGAGGUAUGUUCUGAGGGUUUAGGUGGAACCAGAAAUAAUUUCAAGAGUGAAGUUAAGUAAGCUGACAGUAGUAUAAGGGUAAGCCCUGAUUCCUGGAGUCUGAUGGGACCCCUUAGACUCUUAAGUUUGCAUGGGUAGGCAAACUAAGGCCCGGGGGCCGGAUCCGGCCCAAUCGCCUUCUAAAUCUGGCCCGCGGGCAGUCCAGCAAUCAGCGUGUUUUUACAUGAGUAGAAUGUGUCCUUUUAUUUAAAAUGCAUCUUUGGGUUAUUUGUGGGGCCUGUCUAGUGUUUUGACAUGAGCAGAAUGUGUGCUUUUAUUUAAAAUACAUCUCUGGGUUAUUUGUGAGGCAUAGGAAUUCAUUCACUUUUUACCUUCAAAAUAUAGUCCGGCCCCCCACAAGGUCUAAGGGACAGUGGACCAGCCCACGGCUGAAAAGUUUGCUGACCCCUGCCUUAGAGUUUGAUUGAUAAAAUCACAUGAUAUCCCACGCCAUAACUCCCACCAUGUAAGUCCACCAUGACAUGUAUUUCAGGAUCAUGCCUACAGUGAAGGCAGGCCUUCAUGGACUAAUAGGCAGAGUUUUUAAAAGCCCUAGCCAAUUUGACUUGAGUCACAAUAGGGUAUCUGAUUGGCUUGACUGGGCUAUGUGACCCCUCUACAAUGAUGUCACAUCACUGUGGACUAAUCAGAGGUUUUAAACCCCCAACCAAUCUGCUACUUAAUCUGCUAGAACUUUUAGAAGUGCUGGGGCAGCCUCAGUGUGUUGACUCCUAAGAAUGUGUCUGGGCAUGUAAAGAGGCCAUCCUACAGCAAGCCCAAGUUCCCCUUUCCCUGAUUGUAUGAGGUUGAAUACCUCUGCCUAUUGGCCCACAAUAACCUGCUGUCAUUGUGGAGAGGUCACAUGACCUCUCCUAAGGCAUGGCAUGGUGGUGGUCUUAAAGGGUGGUGCUUCUGAGGCAGGGCUUCCAGGGUGGCAUAUCAUGUGAUUAUAAAUCAAGCUGGCGGAUGACGACUAGGGGGUGAGGCUUAAGCAUUUGACAGGCAGUAGGACCUUUAUACUACUGCUGACAACCAGAAAUAGCUGUGGAUACUGGUAUAUGAGUGGGAAAUUAUUCUGUCUGAUAUUUACACUGGUCACCUCCAUUAUUGUUUUGCUAAAUAUCAGUGCUAGGAAAGUUCAUGAUGACCACAUUCACACAUCCCAAAACCAUGUGAGAACCAAAACAGAGCCCUCCAUUGAAAUCCACAAUUUUAUUAAUUUUGCUGUGCAGCUAUGCAAUCACAAUGUGCACAAAAAUGCACAUAUUAGGGUAAAACGUGCCUUAAAGUGCAUAUAUUAUUGAAAACAACAUACAAAAUGCAUUAUUGUAGGGGAAAUCGCUUUGCAAAAAUGUGCAUAUUAGAUAAGAUUUGUGUUCAGUGCUGAUAAAUUUUCAUGAUGGUUUAAAAAAACAAACCACAGCAAACUGAUACAAAAAAUGUAAUGCAUUGAAUGGAAAAUGAGAAAAAGAGAAGCCAAAAUUGACAAAUUCGGUUAAAUAUACCAAUUGUAGGGAGGGAGGGGAGUCGCGACUCAGCAGAGUCAAAGGGAAUGUAUGGCAUGAAUAUGGUUUGUUGGAAAAGAAUAUGUAAGGAAAACAAUAAAAAUUUACUUGAAAAAAAAACAUAAUUGACAAAUUCACCCAGACAUGCCCCAAUCACAUGGUGACAGUCAGCAUCUAAAUUCCUUUUUCCUUCUGUGCAUAGAUGACAGCUUAAUAAAACCUUCAAUCUCCAUCAACCCCAGUGAGUUAGUUGCCCUUGGAGGACAAGUCAAUAUUGUGUGCACAAUUGCAUAUGGAUCUGCACAGUUUUAUCUCCAUAAGACUGGAGAUCCAACACCAAAGUAUUCCAGGAUGGGUAAUUCGAGCACCCACACUUUUUCCAUUACCAAUAUCAGCUUGGAGGACAAAGGGCAUUAUACUUGCAGCUACAUAUGUUCAGGAAAUUCCUUUUUCAUCUCAAAACACAGUGCCCCCCUAGAGCUUCUGGUAACAGGUAAGGCUAGUCCUCCAGCAAUCUGCAAUAUUUGUUUUAGAAUGGCCUUUGAAGCUUAUUCAUUUAUUUAUCUAGCACUUCUGGUUGUUUAUGUUAUAAAUGUUUAAAUGGGAAUUUGCUCAGGUGAGCUUGAGAGGUAGCAGUGUUCUCCUGCUCCUGUAUUUUUAACAUCACCAUGAUAUGAGGAAAUUAAGCAAAGUGAAUCUUUCUCCUAGCUAUGGGAUAACACAAUGGCGAGGGAAGGAACAAACUGCAACUGCUUGUUUUCCAGGCUGCUGUUCAGGUGACUGGGCUGGAACCAGAAAGAAUAGUUGGCAACUCAACAGAAAUGCAGGAUUCUUCCCCCGUGCCCUUCUAGAAUAUUUGGCUAAGUUGGAUUUGCCUGGGAAAAGUUCAUCACAAAGAGGUCUAAAUGUUCUUUCACGUUGAAGACGUGUUAGACUUAGGCCUGUUUAAACAGUAUCAAACCACUUUCAACAACCAUGUCUUCCAGCAAAGACUCAAAAGAAAGUGUAUUUUGUUAAGGGGGGUUACAGUUGCUAGGAGACCCUUAUUCCCAUCACGGAGGUACAAUUUCCAGAGUGGUUUAACGACCAAUACCUUAGAAAUCAAUGCAUCUUCACAGAGAACUCUGGGAAUUGUAGUUCCGUUAGGAGAAUCGGUGUCUCCUAAGAACUCUCAGGAUCCUUAACAAACUAUACUUCCUGGGAUUCCCAAGCUGUAAUUGUUUAAAGUGGUGCAAUACUCCUUUAAACAUAUAGUGCAUGUGAGCCAUAAAUAUGUCUGCACAAAAAAUUGCAGCAAGGCAUACCUGGUCGAAGAAGCAAUGGAUGUCCUUUCUCUGGAAAUAAUAUAAACCAGCAGUUAUAAUCAGAUCUCUCCAUAGUGCUGAAGGGACAACAAGAGAUCAAGAAAAAAGCAGGGCGAUGAUAAAUGGAGUGGGACUCCUCACCAUCCAAUCUCUCCCUUUCCACAGAUCCCAGUUUACCCAGACCCAGUCUUUCCCUGAGUUCUGUCAUUGUCAAUGUGGGAGAAACUGUCUCCCUCCAGUGCCACAACCAAGACAGGGCCGUGACAUUCUAUCUUCAAAAGUCUGGAGAAACGAAGCCUCUGCAGCGCCUUGUGACCAGCAGGAACACCGCCAGCUUCACCAUCAUUGCAGAGCAGGAGCACAAUCGAAGCUUUGCCUGUAGUUACCGCCCUUCGUCAGAUCUUUUUGUCAUCUCAGAGCCCAGUAAGCCUGUGGAGUUUCUAGUUAUAGGUAAGGGAGUCGUCAUUGCAAGCACCUUCCCCACCCGCUUGCUUCAGCUUUCAUUUCUGGUUUGAGCUUGAGCAUCAGGCUGGGUGUUUACUAGCACAAGGCACUAGAAGGCUAUCUGGAGAGGGCACAUAACAUGGAUUAAACCAGGGAUCGGCAAGGUUUACCUCGCCUGGGCCGGUUCACCCUCUGUGGGCUGGAUCCCUCGGUGGGCUGGAUCGCACACUCACACCCCCCCCCCCCCCGCCGCCGCAAUUUCCAGCAUCUGUGCAGACGUGAUUUCCAGCGUCUGCAUCUGCACAGACACGAUUUCCGGCGUCUGCGCAUGUGCAGACCUAAUUUACAGCACCGCAGAGGCAAGUCCGCGUGCUGCGCUGCGCUGCGCCGCGCCGGUUUAGUGCAGCGUGAGGGGACUCACGGAGCAGAUGGCUCGGUUCAGGGGCAGCUCGGGGGCCAGUUCAACGACCCCCAUGGGCUACUUGCGACCCAUGGGCCUUAGGUUGCUGACCCCUGGAUUAAACAGAGGUUUAUUUAAUGAGUCCCACUUCCUCGGUGGGAAGAUGUAGCGUUUAAAAAACAAUAAUUCCCCUGCCUGUUCCAUAUCAGACUUUCCUGGAAAACAUCUGGGCUGACUUUGUUAAAGCAUGUUUUGCAUACUUGGUGACCCCUGUUGGGAAUCUGUGUACGUGCAGCUACUCACACAGAGUCAAUUAAGGUUUGGCAGACAGCCAGAAAGCAAUCUGAAGGAGUAAGUCUGCCUGGUGAUAACAGAGACAUGGAGACCGCUCCCUGAUUGGUCAAGCUCUCUCAAAGGAGUGAUAAUUAAUGGCCUACUAACUGUUAGUUCAGUAUUUCAGGUUCAGAGUUCUGUGUGUCAGUGUAGGAGAUGUGAGUCGUGUCAGAGAGAGCUAGCAAAAGAUCUGUGUUCUGUUCCUGUAAAUAGUCCACUGUAUAUAAUAAACACCUAACUACAAGUUCCUGGUUCCUGCUUCAUCUAUCCUGUCUGCAGCCAAGUCACCAAUUGCUUCCGUGGAUUCUGCGUUUACUCUGCUAGGUCUGGCUAAUGUCCUGCAACUAGUCAGAAAGUUGCGAAACACCAAAUAGGUUUUGAAAGGGCUGUAAGUUAUCUGCUUUUCUGUGCUUCAUGAUUUAUAUGCUCAUCUAACAAAUACAACUUGUUAAAGUUCAUUCUGAGUGUUCCUUUUACUGCCAGCCUGAAUCCAAAAGAAUAUCUGAUAAGACAGCCAUUCACUUAUUAUAUUCCACCAGCAAGUGAAAAUUUAUCUGUUUUGACAAGUAUUUGGCAGGCUUUCUCUUUUUAUGACUUAUUUCAUUUUACUUUUUUAAAAAAGUAUUCUCUGCUUUGUCUUAAGAUAGUUUUGAUCUGCUGUUGUUUAGCUUGUUUUAUUUCCUUGUAUGCUUGUUUUGAAAUAUCAUAUGGCUUCCAUUAAAGGGAAAAGCAUAAUCCCUAAUGUAGCUUCCUAUCCUGUGGCUGAAGACAGAGCCCCGGCUUAUGGUUGUCAAAAUCUCAAUUCCUGUUUCCUUCUGUGCACAGAUCGCAGGUUACACACACCAACCAUCUCCAUUGUUACUAGUCAGCUGAUUGCCCCUGGAGCACAAGUCAACAUCACGUGUACAACUAAUGGUGGACCUGCAAAAUUCUAUCUCCACAAGGCUGGCGAUCCAAUGCCAAAACAGUUGGUGAAGGCUCACAAUCAUGUGGGUAUUUUUUCCAUUGGCAAUAUCAGUAGGAAGGAUGAAGGGAACUACAGCUGUAGCUAUGCAUGUUUAGAUCGUCCGCUGUUAGUCUCACAACCAAGUAACUUCCUGGAGCUUCUUAUAGCAGGUAUGUUGUUGUUGUUGUUGUUGUUGUUGUUGUUGUUGUUGUUAUAUCAGGUAUGUUGUUGUUGUUGUUGUUGUUGUUAAAAGCGGGGUGGGGCGAUGACAAUCAGUGCAGAAUACAUAAAAUGCUCAUCCAACAACAUCUUUGGAAGUCUGACUCAAUCCAUUAGAAUAGUGGUUCCCAGUUAGGGGUCCGGGGACCCCUGGGGAUCCACAGAACGCACCCAGGGGGUCCACAGCACCACCCCCUGCCAGGGGCUCACUUAUCUUGUUAAUUGCACAGUGAACUCUGUCUCUAUGUUUCCUUGAUCCUUCAGCUCUGUGGCUUACCAUGCUUUUUGGUAUUGGAGGUUAUUUAACUUUAAUUAAGUCAUUAACUCCAGUUGGGUACAAAACAUCAAAGUCUCGUUUUGGCUUUAUCUGGAGCAGCAAAGCUUUCCUGCUGGUGUGCCUUUUAUAUAAAACAUAGCAUUAAAAUCAUACAAAUCAUUAAGCAGCAUGUUCAAAUCAGCAAGAGGAAGAGAAAAUAGUUCUAAGUACUAAAAUAAUAGUAUUUCAAAAGCAUUUAAGAACAUAUUGACAUGAAGAAAUUAAGAAGGUGAACCCUUUACAGUGGUACCUUUGGUUAAGAACUUAAUUUGUUCUAGAGAUCCAUUCUUAACCCGAAACUGUUCUUAACCUGAGGUACCACUUUAGCUAAUGGGGCCUCCCACUGCCACCGCCGCACGAUUUCUGUUCUCAUCCUGAAGCAAAGUUCUUAACCCAAUAUACUAUUUCUGGGUUAGCAGAGCUGUAGCCUGAAGCAUCUGUAACCUGAAGCGUCUGUAACCUGAGGUACCACUGUAUUUUCUUGAGUAUAAAUUGAUAGAAUGAAAAUUUACCUUUUAAAUUUCUGGAUAGCUGUCAAGGGGCACAGAGGAGGGCCAGUAGCAAGUUUGGCCACUUUACCCAAAAGAGGUGCAGGCAGAUCACAUACUGUUUUCUGAUCUCCCUGUCUUUCCAUGUGUGUGCAUGUGUCUUUGUGUUUACAACUGACACUUAACGUUCCCUGGCUAUGCUCAGUUCUCAGAGCCUAGUUUGUUGAUGAAGCUGGGAGGGAAUUGUAGUGUCCUGAGAAGUGAACUACAGUUCCCAGAAUUCUUUGGAGGAAGCCAUGUGCUUUAAAUGCAUGUUCAAAAUGCUUUCAAUGUGUGGUGUGGAUGUAAACACUUAAGUAUUGCAUCUGGGAGUGGGUAAUGGGAAGCAGCUCCCACUACCAGUGCAGUGUAGAUGUUCUUCCCUUCCUCUGAUGUAUGGACUUUUUGGCUCAGUUUUAACAAAUUUACCCCUUUCCACAUCCCCUUUUGGUUGCAUUGUGGUUUUGGACUAUUAUGAGUGUGAAUACUAAGAGUCUUCUUGUGCAUAUUUUCUGAGUCAACUGAGCAUAGCUGGCAUUCCAUAAUAUACAGCUGGAAAUCAGGGCCACAGAAUCACAGGACAUGCUGCUGACUAUUGCCUAAUUAUUUAAAUUUAUUUUCACCACAAACAGUGAUGAAGGUGUAUCACAUACUGUAUAGUACCAUGGAGAGACCUGAUCCAAACAGAGACAUUGGAUUCUUAUCUCAUUAUACAUGAUAAACCUAUUUUUAGCCAUCUCACCCCUUGCUUUUUCCUUAAGACCAACUGCAGUCGUUAACAGUCGUCAACAGGUUUCCACACCUAUCAGCCAAUGACCCAUUCCCACCACCCUUCUGAGUAAUACCCUUCCCCACCCUCUCACUAUAUAUAAGGGUCUGGUGACUUCUGUUUCUGUGUAUCUGAAGAAGAGUGCAUGCACAUAAAAGCUUAAACCAGUAACAAACUUAGUUGGUCUCUAAGGUGCUACUGAAGGAAUUCUUUUAUUUUGAAUAGUCCCAGUUAAUGCAUUUCCGAGGACAGUCAGGAAGUCUGGGAUGCAUAGAUAUAAAAGCUAUUGCACAACUAACUCUUUAUGCAGAUGUACUUGCCUCUGCUUUCACAUCCAGAGCAAUGCAUCUUGCACAUUGUGGUCUGUUGGAAUAGACAGUUGGUGGGAUCAGUGGAUUAAAGUCUCCCUGUUCAUUUGCUUAUGUGCACAGGUCCUCACACCUCCAAUCCGGGGACUUCUGAGCCUCCAGAUUAUACCCUGAUCAACAUAAUUAGAUUUGCCAUAGGAAGUCUGAUCCUCUUCUUCCUCACAUAUGUCAUAAUCAGAGACCAGCAGCUCCAAAGGAAACAUGGCCUUAAAGUGAGAUGACUCUCCUCCUGGAGGAAACAUGGAUUUAAGGUGAGAUUACCGUAUGUUCCAGCGUACAAGAUGCCUUUUUCUCCCUGGAAAAUCACCCCAAAAGUCAGGGGUCGUCUUAUACGCCGGGUAUACACGUUGGGAAGGAGGAGAGGGAGCUGGUGAGCAGAGGUGCCCCGUCUGCCAUUGCUCCUCCUCCCUCUCCACAGAAGGGGACGCGGAAAGUCCUUCCGAGGGCGGGGCUCCCCUGCCCGCCUGCCAAACGCCUCGCCUUGGGCUGCUGCGAUGGCAGAGGCAGCGGAGGGGUGUGCGCUCUGCCCCUGGCGGUGCUCAAACUCUAUAACUCUAAAACUCUAAAAUUAAUCAGCAAAAGUUGGGGGUCGUCUUAUAAGCCCAGUCGCCUAAUACGCCGGAAUCUGUGGUACUCUUCCACUUCCUGGUUCCACAUUGGUUCCUUUGAAUUUCCAAACAAGGUCUGAACUUAAUCUCGGACCCUCCAAGUGCCCCUAUUUUCCAGGGACAGUCAUGUAUUUACAGAAACCAUCUAGGUUUCUAAUUUGAUCCUGGAAUAUCCUGCUUUACCUUAGGAUGUCCCUAUUUUCAUCGGGGAAAUGUUGGAGGGUAUAGAAUUAGGCAACCCCUGAGUCAAGGAGAUAAGUAACUAUACAACCUUUAGAAGACAUCUGAAGGCAGCUCUGUAUAAGGAAGUUUUCUUUAAUGUUUAAUGUUUUAUUAUGUUUUUAUCUGUUGAAAGUCACUCAGAGUAGCUGGGGCAACCCAGUCAGGUGGGCGGGGUAUAAAUAAUAAAAUUUUUAUUAUUAUGGAAUAGGGCGUUCCUAUUUUCAUCAGAGAAAUGUUGCAGGGUAUGUAAUCUUCAAGGGACUUUUUGCAUUUGCCCACUGUUCAUAUACUUUUCAUUUUGAAAGAAAGGUCCAGGUUUAGUCACAUCCCUUAGCUUCACUGGUGAAAAGCUCCAGGAUGCAAAUCACAGGUGCAAGUCAGAUAAGACAGUUGAGAAGAGGGAGGUAGAUUAAAGGUCUGAUACAGUAGAAGGCUGAUCCUUAUUUUGCUUGGUAUACAUUCAAAGAAACAUACAAAUAAUUUCAUGCAUUCAAGGGAGCUGUGGGCUAGCUUGUGUUUCUCUUAUCACAUCAGCCACCACUCCUUACCACGACUAUGGGACAAUCACCCUCCAAAGCCAAAGGACUUUCAAACACAAUUUUUGAUAUUACAUGGGUAUCACAUGUUCAAAGAAAGAAAACACCAACCGGUUGACUUCCAGAAGCCCAUGGACACUACUUACAAGCCUCUUUGUAUCCCAUCUAUUAUCCUUAUCCAGCCUGGUGCCUCUAUCCCUUUCUGUGCUCAGGAAGUCCCCAGGAAUGGAUGGAGUAGGAAUAACAAUGACACCAUCCGUCCAGUGUUGAUUUUAGGCAAACUUCCCAAUGAAUGGCAGCUUACCCCCCUCUUGUCCCCCCUCAAGUUAUGCACACAGCUCAGCCUCUAAUGCCAGUGUCUAGUUAAUCUGGGUUGGGGAAAAACCCCUCUAUUGUUACUAUUGGAACGUGGGUGGUGCUGUGGUCUGAAACACUGAGCCUCUUGGGCUUGCCGAUCAGAAGGUCAGCGGUUCAAAUCUGCGCAACAGGGUGACCUCCUGUUGCUCGGGCCCAGCUCCUGCCAACCUAGCAGUUCGAAAGCACACCAGUGAAAGUAGAUAAAUAGAUACCGCUGCAUUGGGAAGGUAAAUGACAUUUCCUUGCGCUCUGGUUUCUGUCAUGGUGUUCCAUUGUGCCAGGAGCGGUUUAGUCAUGCUGGCCACAUGACCCAGAAAGAGCUGUCUGUCUGCUCACUCGGCCUGAAAGCAAGAUGAGCGCUGCAACCCCAUAGUCGCCUUUGACAGGACUUAACCGUCCAGGGGUCCUUUACCUGUUGUUAUCUCAUGCCUUUUCCACUAUAUUUACAGGAUAUUUAUAUUGCCCUUAGAUUUUGAUGUGCAAAAGUACAAGAGCUGUUGAAAUCACUGGCCAAGAAGCCAAGCAAAGAUAGCUCCACACGUCCACCAUGAUGACAAGAUAUUUUCUCAAGACAUGCAACGACAAUAUGAGAUUAUUCUUUUUUCAACACUCAGGCAUAUCAGAUGCACCACCGCAUGAAGCAGGCUGAUAAGCAAGCUUCUUCUUCUUGUCACUGGCUACAACCUAUGAAUUGGAGGGUUUCCCCCAAUUCAUCAGUCUUCAGUUGAUCUAUUACAAAAAGCACGUUUUAAUUAUUGGGGCUGCUCUUCAAGGCACCGUGUGUUUAUUCUCUUUGGUUUAAUUUAUAUUUUGUAAUGGUGUUUAUUUUACCGG